CAAAAAAUAUAUGGGCCAGAUAUUUAAUCCUCAAGAUCCAAACUACCCAGGAGAGUCAUUGGACCUGAGCAGCGCAAAUUGUUUCCCGCUGUACUCUUUUCUGCUUGCACUCGGCACCACCACCGUCGACUACUUCAGCCUCGACGUCGAGAGUUCCGAGUACAAGGUCCUGCAGUCCAUUCCUUGGGACAAGAUUGAUAUUAAGACGUUAUCCGUGGAGUACAACCUCAUCCCAGAAGGAAUGCCUGCACUGAUUGACUUCAUGAAGUCUAAAGGGUACAUCUACUACAUGAAAUUCAUCCGGCCUUAUACACACGACCUUAUAUUCGUCAAACAGGAAGUGUUGGAUCAUACAAGAGUCCAAUACGGAGAACUGCCCAUUCUGGAUGUUAAUAACACCGCCAGUUGGAUGACUCGUUCGAAUUUGGAGUCAUGAAGAGAUUAUGCAAGAAUUACUUUCAACCAAGGAAUGGAGGCGAAACAACUGACAGUCGCUUCUUGAUUAGCACAUACGCUUGGUUCAUGAUGAACAGCAGAAAUUUGAUCAGGUCACGUACGAAGAAGUAUUUUAGAAUUAACAAACGUUGAUUAGUAGGUUUU